AUGAAUACUAAAAAGCCUUAUGAGAGAGGAUUCGAACUCGAUAUGACUAGCAAUACAGUCAAUUUGGAUAAUUUUGAGAGUUUCCUUGGAAUUUUGCCCGUUUUCUUCCGUUUUCAAGACUAUUAUGUCUUCAAAAUGAAUACUAAAAAGGAUUCUGAAGCCGUUUCAAGCUUCUGUAAUCUCUACGGUCUUCUACAAGUUAGUCAAGACACCUGGAUAGCAGAAUUUUUCGCUCUAAUUGAUUCCUUUACCAGCAGAUCAAUGUCCUUGCGGUUUUUUACGACAGUAUAUGACGAACUGGAUCCGUUCUGAACGAUU